AUGUUCAUUCUUACAACCGUCUCAGAUCUCAUCCAGAUCUCUCCUGAAGACUUCUCCAAGUACAGCGCUGUCGCAAUCGAGGACAAUAUCAACGAAAAGUAUGCAAAUAAAGUCAUUCAAAAAAUUGGCCUUUGCAUCGGAUUCUAUGACUUGUUAGAAUCGUCGGAUGGUUUAAUAGGCCAUGGCACUGGUUUGGUCAAUGUAAACGUGAAAUUCCGGCUCAUCGUCUUCCGGCCGUUCAAAGGAGAAAUCCUACUAGGCAAGAUCUCCAGUGCUACUCAACAAGGAAUUAAGAUUGGUGUGGAAUUUUUCAAUGACAUUCUCAUUCCCCCGGAUCUUCUGUUGGACGGUGCUCGAUUUGACAUUGCCGAUCAGGUGUGGGUUUGGGAGAAUGAAGAUGGCUCAACAUUCUACUUCGACAUAGGAGAAAUUGUCCGUUUCAGAGUUGAGAUGGAGGAAUGGCAUGAUCAGAUUCCCAAUGCCCCAGAUCUAGGAGACGGCGCAACCAUUGAAAGAAAGCCUCCCUACUCCAUCAUAGGCUCGAUGCAAAUGGCGGGUUUGGGACCCGUGUCAUGGUGGUGA